AUCCAAUAUGUAAGCCUCUGAUGGUAGAAACAGAGUGAUUUUCGUAUGCAACGUUCUUAUACUUUGUUCAAUAACUGAAUAUUUUUCAAAUACAACAUGACCAUCGAUCAGAUUGGAGCACCAUGGAGUGGCACCGGCACUUGGGUAGUGCAAAAGUUUGGUGGCACGAGCAUUGGGAAAUACCCUCUCAAUGUCGUUGAAAACGUUGUCAAGCCUAUCACUCGUUAUCAUCGAGUGGUCGUUGUUUGCUCUGCAUUGAGUGCCAGCACCAAAAAGGAAGGCACCACAAACCGCCUUCUGCAAGCCUACAAGCACUGUCUAGGAACUGACUUCGAGCGCUCCAAUACACUAGUCCAAAACAUCCGCGCAGAGCAUAUCAGUUCAGCUUACGACUAUAUAAAGGACCCAGAACUUGUCAUCGAACUCGUCCAACAGGUUGAGCAUGAAUGCGAGCAAGUUAUACAGCUUCUCUUAGCAACGAAAACCAUCGGCCACGGCAACUCAUACAUUCUUGACAAGGUCAUCAGCACGGGCGAACGACUGGCCUGUUUCUUCCUCUCUGCCACGCUGCGUGAUCGGGGCAUCGCAAGCGAAAUUGUCGACUUCUCCGAAAUUGUUCCGACCACCAUUAACAGUAUGAUGAACCAAUCGUUCUAUGAUAGUUUGUCGGAUGUCAUGGCCAAGCGAAUCCGCAGGUGCAAGGCCACCGUGCCGGUUGUUACGGGCUUCUUUGGACCCAUUGACCGCGGUCUUCUCACGCAAGUCGGUCGCGGAUAUACUGAUUUCUGCGCCUCGAUGAUAUCUGUGGGGUUACGAGCACACGAGCUGCAGGUCUGGAAAGAAGUAGAAGGCAUCUUCACGGCCGAUCCAAGUAAGGUACCCAGUGCCCAAAUGCUCCCCGUAAUCAGCUCUGAAGAGGCUUCAGAGUUGACAUUUCACGGCUCCGAGGUCAUUCAUUACGCGGCUAUGCGUCUAGCCAUGCGUGCGAGCAUUUCAAUGCGCAUCAAAAACGUCCUCAACCCGCAGUCACCGGGAACUCUGAUCGUAGAUGACUGGAAGGGUGUCAGUCCUUCACCAGUUUCCUCGACCUCUAUGAACUGUGCUGCAAUUCGGACUUCUCUGCCUUGUACGCACGAUGGCGCUACCAGGACCCCGAUCGCCAUAACAUCGAAAGACAAAAUCUUGCUCAUCAAUAUUCGGUCCGCAGAACGAUUGAAAGCGCACAGCUUCUUAGCCGGCAUUUUCUCUGUAUUCGACAAACGGAAUCUGUCCAUCGAUCUUAUAUGUACCAGUGAGGUCCAGGUUUCCAUGGCAUUGCAUUCUGAAGUCUCUCUGAUCACGGGUGACGAUGAGGACGACUACUCCGAACCCGUCCGGCAAAAUCUCCAAAACGCAAUUGCGCAAUUACAAGAGUACGGGGAUGUAGAGCUUCUGCACGAAAAAACCAUCAUCAGUUUGGUUGGCAAACAGCUGAGACGGGCACUAAGCGUGACUGGACAGAUGUUCUCCACGCUGAGCGAAAAUCGCAUUAAGAUCGAGAUGAUCGCACAUGGAGCGAGUGAGAACAGCAUCUCCUGUGUCGUCCAGGAACAGGAUUCUGUGCGGGCAGUGGCUCUUCUACACGCGGUGUUUUUCACCACUCCUCAAACCCAACCUUCUUCGGCGAUAUUGAAGCCCAACAUGGAGGUUCAAUUACAAAUUCAGGCACCCGCGAGCGAGAGUCGGUUCUAGUAUGACGGAGGUAAUUUCGUUUGUAGAGCAUGGUUCCUCGGUCGAACCGGCAUAACAUUGGCACAUGUAUGUAGAUCAUGGAAAUCGUGAAUUGGCGAUCGGACUUGUCCGAGGAAUAUCUCGGACUUACGAAACGGAGAUCGAGUAAUGUCGCGUAAGGUGUAUAGAUCUAUUAGCCGAGAAGUUAUGUAUCGGUCGAUUGGUAUUUUGCUGCUCGAUAAGUAUAAACAAUGUCCUG